AUGGGGAAGGCUUCAGGAAAUCUUCAUAGAGAAGGAUAUAUUCAAUCUGGGUCUUCAAGGACAGAGAGCACAGAAAGUGGGGAAGAAUGGAGAGGCUUCAUUCUCACGAUAACAGAGAUGUCAGUUCCCCUACAUGUGUCACUCCUUCCUGGGCAAGUAAUUAGACUGCAUGAAGUUAGGGAAAAGAAAAGGAGAAUUGAGACAGAGCGGACACUGAGUUCAUUUCCUGAAAAAGGGAAGGAACCAAUUGAAGAUUAUGUGGAUGUAUUGAACCCUAUGCCAGUUGUAGGAGAAAUGUUCAGCCAUGCAAGUUUAGACCAGUGUGCCUGCCUGCCAAGAAUCAAGCACUACAAAGUGAUGAGUGUAGGAAAAAACUACACUAUUGAAUUGGAAAAACCUGUAACACUCCCAAAUCUUUUCAGCGUCAUUGAUUAUUUCGUGAAGGAGACUCGAGGAAAUUUACGACCAUUUAUAUAUUCAACUGAUGAAACCCUUGGCCAAGAACCCACCACAUAAGGGAGAAGAGAGAGGUUGAAGAAAAAUCUACAUAUUGCAUAAAAUAAAAUGGUAAAACUAUUAUACUUUCAUGUAUCUUGGUAAUUUAUUAUUUUCAAAAGGAAGAUAUUACUUUUAAAGAAAAUUAUCUCUAUCCUCCUGAUCCUGAUUACAAAGUCACUUACUUGGAUACCAGAAUUAAACACUGCAGCAUACAAUUUCAUUAUCUUAUCAGAAUGAAAACAAUUCACUAGAAAACCAUAGUAUAUGGCUGUGAGGGUAACUC